CAACGGAUCUGGCCCUUUAAAUCACCAAUACAGCGCAUUCGGAGAGACAAACCAAUGUGAGCUCAUCCGCCAUCCAGCUCUGUCGUUUUGACCUGAUAACCGCUCUCCCACCACUCAGCUCAUCCUCUCCAUCCAGUCAUACUUGUGUUCAGAGAGUCCUGUCUGCACACCAUCAUACAGUUUUCUCCUGUGUUGGUGUAUUCUGAUGGAUCAGUAUGUCUACCACUAAUAAUAUCGCCCAGGCCAGGAAACUGGUGGAACAGCUGAGGAUUGAGGCAGGGAUUGAACGCAUUAAGGUGUCUAAAGCAGCAGCAGACCUGAUGAGUUACUGUGAGCAGCACGCUCGUAGCGACCCUCUGCUGGUUGGGGUUCCCACUUCCGAAAACCCUUUCAAGGACAAGAAACCUUGCAUCAUCCUAUAGCCGCUCUCCGCUCCUCUUGCCCUCACACACACAAACACACAUUCAUGCA